AUGCAUGUGGAUGGUGCGGUCGGUGUUCCUAUUAAUGCUGAUGACAGAUGGCUCUUCCCGGACCGGCUGUACGGCGGCUCCCAGCUGUGGUUCUGGGUUCACAUUGCAGCCCAGCUAUUUGGGCUGCUGCUGUUCCUUAGCAGCUUCAUCCUGGCGCUGGUAACGUUUAAGAGGAAGCCAACAGGAAUGGACGACUCGGUGUACUUGGCGCACAGCCGCAUGGGGUACUUAGUCGCAGCACUUGCCGGUUUGCAGCUCCUGGUUGCAUGCUUUCGGCCCCCCAAAAUGCCACCGUAUCCCGAGACAGAAAUAAUCGGCCCAGCAGCGACAGCUGCCAGCGUCGUGGAAAUGCAGCUGGCAACGGAAAACCCUGACGCACCGGCGGCAGCAGCAGCAGCCCCACACGGGCCGCAAACCACAGCAGCCCAGCAGCGGCAAGAAGGGCUGCGGCAGCAGCUGAUGAUACAUGAACUGUAUGAGCAACGGAAACGUGCCGGCAAGGUACGCAAGUACUUGUGGAACCCCUUUCACAGAAACUGCGGCCGCGGAGUCAUCUUGCUCGCAUGGGCCACUUUGUUGACGGGUAUUGCACUGCACCACGGAGCGCCGUACAAUGCACCCGUCGCGCCGUGGGCAGCCCCGGCCAUAGUCGUCAUGGUGUCGAUGCUGCUAGCGGACCGUUGGCUCACAGAUGUCGGCAAGGACUUGGCGGAAGAAGAGAUGGCGAAGGCAAAUGCAGAGUGGCGGCGGGAAGAGGGUGCCGCGGCGAUGAUGAUGGAGGCGUAG